UCUGUAGCAUUGUCAAAUUAGAAACAAUGGAAUAUUGGGUGUCUUUGGUAGUGUGUCUCAGGGCUACUACUAUAUAUUUUAGGUUCUAUGAUGCUAAUUUCCAGAAAUUCAGACUGCAAAAAAUGUUGAAAGGAGAUAUUUUAUACUCAAACUAUUUCUAGCAGCCUCCAGAAACCAGAACUUAACCUGAACAAGGCAAACUAUGAAUGUAAAACUCUGUUCCUGCCUUUUGGUACUCUUCCUGGCCAAUAUUGUAUGGACUCGAAAUAUCAGACCAAUAUAUGACCAGACCUCCUUAUAUGAUUGGUCAUUCUACAGCUUUGAGUGUCCACAACCAUGUUUCUGUCCACCUGGCUUCCCAAGUGCUUUAUACUGUGAUAGUAGGGAACUUAAAGAAAUACCCAUCAUCCCAGCAAGAAUUUGGUAUCUUUAUCUUCAAAACAACCUCUUUGAAACAAUUAAAGGGGAAUCCUUUGCAAAUGCCACUCAACUAAAAUGGAUAAAUCUGAACAACAACAAACUCACUAGCAACGGAAUUGAAAAGGGUGUAUUUGCCAGCUUGAAGAGUCUCCUUUACUUAUUUCUUGAAGACAAUGAGCUAGAAGAGGUGCCAGCUCCAUUGCCAGCAAGUUUGGAGCAGCUACGUUUGGCACGAAACAAAAUCACCACAAUCCCAGGAGAAGUCUUCAGCAAUCUGGAAAAUCUCACUAUGCUAGAUCUGCAUCACAACAAACUUUUGGACAGUACCCUUUCAGAUGUUACCUUUCAAGGAUUACACAAUCUCAUACAACUCAAUAUUGCUCAAAACUCACUCACUAGAAUGCCACCAAUCCUACCAGCUAAUGUAAUGCAGCUGUUUUUGGAUAAUAACUCUAUUGAAGCAAUACCGGAGAACUAUUUUAAUGCAAUGCUCAAACUGCUUUUCCUUCGGCUGAAUAACAAUAAAUUAACUGAUGAAGGUCUACCAGCUAAAAUCUUUAAUAUUUCAUCUCUUCUUGACCUACAGCUAUCUAACAAUGAACUCACCAAAAUCCCAGCUAUUGGAAUUCACCUUGAGCAUCUUCAUCUUGAUAACAACAGAAUCAACAGUAUUAAUGGUACUCAAAUAUGUCCAAUUCCUAUUCCUGGAGAUCAUGUCUAUGAUAUGGAUCUGCCACGCCUCCGCUAUCUCCGCUUGGAUGGCAAUGAAAUUAAACCUCCAAUUCCAUUUGACCUCAUGCUGUGCUUUCGCCUCCUUCAGGCCAUUGUUAUUUAAAGAUAGUUGUGACACAGUUGUUUUGUCACAGUUUAAAGAGCAAGUUUUGCUGGCAUGAAACUUGUUAGACCUUCCCUAUGUUUGGGAUUUUCAUUUGAUAUUAUUUUCCAUGGAACCAUU